UAUAUGCUUUAGCCUCCAGUCCCCUAAUCAUCUUUGUUGCUCUUAUUCUGUACUCUUUCUAGAGUACAUAUAUGAAACAUAUAUCAUGACAACUAGUUUGGUGUGGUGAUUAAGGCAGUGAACUAGAAAUAGGAUGAAGUUUCUUCUACUCCUUAUUAGGCAGAAAUCCAGUUGGUGCCCUUAAGCCAUCACUCUCUCUCAGUCCUAGAAAGAUGUAAUGGGAAACCAAUUCUGGACAUCUUGCGAAAAGAACUACAGAGUCCUGUCCAGAUAGCAGUCUAUACUGACUUGAAGACCCUCUCAAUCCUCAUUUGUGACUUUCAAAGCAUGAUAAUUCAGCUUGUAAUAAUUUUCUGUAGUUGUUUAAUUUCAAAGUCUUGCUGUUAAUUUCUUUUAUUUUUUGAAAAUAUAGUUUAAUUAUUUCUUGAAAAGCAUCGUAUUCAACAACAGUAUGGGAGACACUAUUACAUUUAAUGAAAACAGAGAACUGAUUACGGGUUUUGAUGUUGCAAACUGGAUUACUUUUCCCAAUAAUUCCUUUUCUCGAGUCAAAGUUGGAACCUUGGAACCUUGGGCACCAUCAGGCAGAGAAUUAACUGUUAAUGACAAUCAAAUUGUAUGGCACAGAAGUUUUAACCAGGAGCUUCCUAUUUCUGUGUGCAAUGACCACUGCAAUCCAGGCUCCAGCAGAAAGAAGAAGGAAGGAGAGAAAUUUUGUUGCUAUGAUUGUGUGCCAUGUUCAGAAGGGCAGAUCUCUGCUGAAACAGAUAUGGAUGUCUGCAUGAAAUGUCCAGAAAAUGAAUGUCCCAAUAAUAUCCAAAAUAAAUGUAUUCCCAAAGUGUUUACCUAUCUCUCUUACAAUGAACCUUUGGGAAUCCUCUUUGUUACAUUGGUUAUUUUUUUUUCUUUCAUUAUACUCUUCGUGCUUGGAAUAUUUUGGAGGCAUCGAGAGACUCCAAUUGUCAAAGCCAAUAACUGGAGUCUUACUUGUAUCCUCCUCCUUUCCCUUCUUCUCUGCUUCCUCUGCUCCUUCCUCUUCAUGGGAAGACCUGAAAAGAUGACCUGCCUUCUUCGACAAACAACUUUUGGCAUUAUCUUCUCAGUGGCCCUUUCAUCUGUAUUGGCAAAAACCAUGACUGUCAUUCUGGCAUUUAUGGCAACCAAACCAGGCUCUGGAAUGAGGAAAUGGGUAGGGAAAGGACUGGCCAAUUCUAUUGUCCUUUUGGGUUCCUUCAUCCAGGUGGGAAUUUGCACUGUUUGGCUGAAUACCUCUCCCCCUUUCCCAGAUACAGACCUUCACUCAUUGAAGGGAGAAAUCAUAAUGCAAUGCAAUGAGGGCUCAGUGAUCAUGUUUUACUGUGUUUUGGGUUACAUGGGCUUCCUGGCUAGUGUCAGCUUUAAUAUUGCUUUCCAAGCCAGGAAGCUGCCCAGCAGUUUUAACGAGGCCAAGUUCAUCACUUUCAGCAUGUUGGUCUUUUGCAGCGUCUGGCUUUCAUUUGUUCCUGCCUAUCUGAGCACCAAAGGAAAAUACAUGGUAGCUGUAGAGAUCUUUUCUAUCUUAUCCUCCAGUGGUGGUUUACUGGGAUGUAUAUUUUCCCCCAAAUGCUAUAUCAUUGUACUGAGACCUGAAAUGAACAAUAAGGGAUAUUUAAUAAGAAAACAAAAGUAA